GUACAUUGCGGUCAGUUUGCAAACAGAAUUUCGAAGCGUUCGGUCGUAGCGCGUGGUUCCACGUAUAGUAUUAUUUCGCUGGUGAUUUACCGUGUUCCGUAUUCUGCUGAAGAUAAGAGGGAGAAAGUUCAAGUUCAGUUGAUAAGUGGCUCAUUAUCGGUCUCUGCUGUUAAACUGAGAUAAUCGUUCGACUGGUCGGUUGUAAAUUGAGACCGUUUUCAUUUUCACAAGUCAACUUUCUGGAUCGUUCCGUUCGCAGCGAUGAGGAACCUUCUGAUCGAUCAGAUCGUAGACGAUGGCUAUGCGGUGAUAGACGACUUUCUAACCCCGGAGGAGGUCUCCGAGCUGUUGGAAGCGGGACAAUCCCUUCACAAAGAUGCCCCCAAAGAGGAGCGAAGAGUUUUCAGUACUAUUAAUUCCAAAUCAGCCCAAAGCAAAGACCGGUAUUUCAUCGAAAGUGGUGACAAAAUUCGAUACUUUUUCGAAGAAGGUGCUGUCGACGAGAACGGCGACCUUCUGGUGGAUCCCUCGGUCGCACUGAAUAAAGUGGGUCACGCGCUGCACACAGAUCAUCCGGUAUUUUCGGAGGUCACGUUCUCAAAUCGGGUAAAGGAAGUAUGCUGGCAGUUGGGCUUCAGGAAGCCAGCGGUAGCGCAAAGUAUGUACAUCUUCAAGAACCCUGGAGUUGGCAGUGAAGUUAAAUCACACCAGGAUGCCACUUAUCUGUACUCGGAACCCAGCUCUACCAUCGGUUUCUGGAUACCGCUGGAGGAUGCAACGCAGCAAAAUGGCUGCCUGCAGUUCAUAAAAGGUUCUCAUCGGAGUGGCGUACACAGAAGGUACAUUCGUAACCCGGACCAAACUUCGGAAGAGCUGCUAAUCUACGAUCGACCGGCUCCUCUCUACCCACAGUCCAAUUUCGUUCCGGCACCGGUGAAGGCAGGCUCCCUAGUUCUAAUCCACAGCCAAGCGGUGCACCGGAGCGAUGCGAACAGAUCGAACCAUAGCCGGCAUGCGUACACUUUCCACGUGAUCGAAACGGAAAAUUGCGACUACUCCAAAGAUAACUGGCUGCAACCGGCCGCGGAUCGACCGUUUCCGGUACUGUUCGAACGGGAUUGAGAAGCUGCAGAUACGCGUGAUCCGCGCUCGUCUCACAGUGUGCCAUAGAUGAUGAUUUUUUUUUUUCUGUAUGUUGUAAGCGAAAAAUAUAUAUUUUUACUUAAGCUUUAAACUAUUGGCCAUUCAGAAAUUUUCGAAAGAAUCGAGUAAAACUCUAUGCUAUCAAAAUUGACAUGCAACUGCUAGAGCAGAAAGUUCGUUGAAUUAUUGCACAUGUAAUUAGUCCGCGUUACUGUCUGUGGAAUUUACAACUGCUUCCGUACAUCAUAAUGUGAAAUGACCACAAUGUGCAUCAGUUAGCAAGCAGCGUAGAUGGUUCUGGAGGAGUGCUUAUCUUUUCGCCACACAGUGUCUAGUCAGAUCUAGCUUAUUUUAUGCAUCACUGAGAUGGAGAAAUUAUAAUUACCAAGUGUUGUUUCUGAGCGAUUUCUUUCUUUCAGUUGAACAUUAAAUAAAAUUAUGCGUCGAGGGGAGUCACUGGACCGAAUUUAUGAUGUUGAUCCCAUCGGUGGUACAGAUCCGCUCGAGUAUAAAACAGGAAUAACAA